AACAUUUGGCGGUUCAGAAAGCAGUCCUGAAUGAGAAUCGAAUUCCUAAAUCCACAAAAAAUCACUUUUCAAAACGAGAAAUGCACUCAGAAAGCUACAUCAAAGGCUCUAUAAAUACGCAUCGAUUCGUACAUUACAGUUGCCGUCGCGCUGGCAAAGUUUAAGCAGCCCCUUAUCUCGAAGAGGGCAGCGUUUGUGCGGGGGUCGAAGACGAGGACAGGUAACAGAGAGAAAGGGAAGCCUUAAAUAAUCGAAGAAAAUAAAGAGGAAAAGCGAUCUUCAGAGGAAUCCGAGGUCUCCUUGAGCUUUUCUGUUAUUAUAAUCCGGAUAACGGAUCGAUUGGGGCUGCCGACUUUUUGGGCAGGGGUUUGGAUCUAGGGAUUUGGGAGGAGGGAAGAGCUCACGGGGUCAGGGCUUUGGAUUCAUCUCCUUGCAUGCUCUUUGGGAGGAGUGACAAUGGCGUCGGCGUUUCCAGGGCAAGUCAGUGCCGUUCAGGUUGGGUCUUUCUUUCUGGGGCAGUACUAUCCUUUUCUACAACGAACGCCGAGUUUGGUUCACCAGUUCUAUACAAAUGCGAGCACGAUGAUACGAUAUGAUGGUGAUGCCAGUGAGAGGGCUUCAGGGAUGGCGGAAAUUCAUAAUCUCAUUGUCAGGCUAAAUUUCAUUGAGAUUGAGAUACUAGCUGCUCAUUCACUUGAAUCCUGGGGUGGAGGAGUUUUGGUGAAUGUGACAGGUUUUGUGCAAGUGAGAGACUUUAUUUUCAGGAGGAAAUUUGUUGAGACCUUCUUCCUUGCUCCGCAAGAGAAGGGAUACUUUGUUCUUAAUGAUAUUUUUCUCCUUCUUGAAGAGGAACAAGUUCAUCUGCCCCCAGCAGCAAUUUUAAGACCUACCGAUUAUGAUACAAAAUUAGAUGCAUUGAAUUAUGACACGAGAUUAGAUACAUUCAAUCAUUUACAAGAUCCAGUGUCUAGCUAUAUGCUUGGGGAAGAUAUCCCAGCAAGAGAUUUUAUCUCUCCACCUGUACCUGCUGAUGAAAAUAACCAACUUGACAAUUACAGUGUUCCUGGACAUCGAAAUCAAACGCCAGAUCCCAACGAAACUACUGAUGAAACUCCCAUAGAACUGGCUGGCAGUUCAGUUUCGACUGUGCAAAACAUUGUGCAGUAUCCAGCAAUUACUGAGGAGGAGCCUGCUGAGGAACGGCCAAAGCUUUCAUAUGCAUCCAUCCUGCGAACUACAAAAGCUCAAGUUGCACCACAAUUAACAUCGGUGAACAAGACAGCUCCUAAUUUAUCAGACUGGCAUCCUGCACAGCAGGCAACUCAGCAACAGGUUCAAGCCGCCAUUUCUUCUUUGCCUGAUAAGUCCAACGCAGACUUACCAGAUGAAACAUUUGCUUUUGAAGAUGAAGUUGAAUCAAAAUCCGUUUAUGUGGGAAACCUUCCUGCAAGCAUAUCUACUUUUGACCUUGAGCAAGAGUUCAGGAACUUUGGUAGAAUCAAGCCUGACGGUGUUACCAUUCGAAGCCGGAAGGAGGCUGGUGUUUUCUAUGCCUUCAUAGAAUUUGAAGAUGCUGUUGCUGUUCAGAAUGCAUUGAAGGCUACUCCGGUGCAGCUUAAUGGGAGGAUGAUUCAUGUAGAGGGCAGGAGACCUAACAGUGGUGCAUCACGAGGUGGAAGAAAGGGUAGAGGGAGGGGCGGCUACUAUUUGGAGCCCCCGAGGGGCCGUUUUGGCGGCCGCUCAUUUGGCGGCAGGUUCGGCGGCCUCGACAGACCGAGAGGCAACGGGUACAUCCCACGGUUGCCUCGCCAAGAAAGAGGUAUAUUGGGAAGUCACUUUUCCAAGAACGGUGGCAACCAAUCCGAGGCUUUAGCUUCCUGACAUCUUCUCUUUUAAUGGCUAAACGGCGACACGGCGGAGACGACGAGACGACGCCGCCGCCCGCCGGCCCGCCCGCCGUCGAGAGUCUCCCUCAUUUGGUGAAACAAAAGGGGACAUCAAUGUCUCCGCCAAAGUCUGAGCUUUUUCAGGUUGGUUGGAUUAUUUGUUCUAAAGAUUUAUGUUGUUUAUGAUGGGUGUAUUAUUUGUCAUCUAUAUCUGAAGACUGUAGUUG